UCAAUUGGCUUAUACCAGCUCGUGAGAAAGAUAUUGGAUAUUGGAAAAUGGAGUGUGUGUUGACCGAGGUCUUCUAGCGCGCAUCUUCGAAUUCUUUGUUCCUCAGCUGGACAAAUGGCCGUGAGGCGUAUAACUAAGGAACUAAAUGAUUUGACUCGAGAUCCUCCAGCACAGUGUUCAGCUGGGCCUUCUCAAGAUCUAUUUAACUGGCAAGGCACUAUUUUGGGACCUGUCGAUAGUCCAUAUGAAGGUGGAGUGUUUUUCCUGAAAAUAUCAUUUCCCUCAGAUUACCCUUUUAAACCACCUAAGGUCAAUUUCACCACGAAGAUAUAUCAUCCAAAUAUAAAUACCAAUGGCAGUAUAUGUUUAGAUAUCCUCCGAAGCCAGUGGUCUCCUGCCCUUACAAUAUCAAAAGUUCUGCUUUCAAUUUGCUCGUUACUGACAGACCCCAAUCCAGAUGAUCCUCUAUGCCCAGAUGUUGCACGUCAAUACAAAUCAGACCGCAAAAAGUAUGAUGAUUUAGCCAGGGAGUGGACACAAAAGUAUGCUAUGUGAGAACGAAGCCAGUUAUUCUACACAAAACAUUUUGAUAAACGUAUUUUCUGCCUCCUUCUUGUACUCACUGAUCGGUCAAUUUGUUUGAGCCCUUGAGUAACUACUUAUUUGAUUUCUAAUGGUCUGUCAGUUGU